UUGGGUUGUUGUUUCCUAUCCGCCAUCUUCCAGUCGCCAUUGAAAGGUGAAAACUACGCUAAAUGUCGGUGAUGAUUUUAAGAUUUUGAGUGGUUUCUUUAAGAUUGAACCUGUUUUUAGUGUUGUGAAAUGAAAAUGAAGUGUCCAGGACUACCAUGACGCAUCAAAAUCACCAAACAAACGGUGCAAGUCUCGAGGAUUGCCACACAAACUUCUUCGCCUUGACGGAGCUGUAUGGCAUAAAAUGGCGUAAGCUGGUAUGGGGCGAGACAACCGGCGGCGGCGACGGCGAGGAGGGCGCGGCGCCGCUCGCGGAUCCUGUCAUCAGCUCCUACGCGCGCUGCCUGGCGGGCGACAUCUUAUGCGUGUGGCGCCGCGUGCCGGCGCCGCAGCCGCCGCCCGACAACAUCUACGAGACGCCGGCGCCCGCGCCGCCGCCGCCGCUCUCACUGCGCGCCGCCAAGGAACUCUGGAUCUUCUGGUACGGCGAGGAGCCGGACCUGAAUGGCUUGGUUGCGCCGGAGCUGAUCGCCAGCCAAGGCGAUCAGGGGUCGUGGGAGAGCGGCCUCUCUUACGAGUGCCGCUCGUUGCUGUUCAAGGCUCUCCAUAACCUCAUUGAAAGAUGCCUGCUGUCAAGGGACUUCGUGAGGCUCGGAAAGUGGUUCGUGCAGCCGUACGAUGGAGACGAGGAGGAUGUCGGCAAGAGCCCGUGGCACCUGUCGUUCUCGUUUGCGUUUUUCCUGCACGGCGAGAGCACGGUGUGCGCGUCCGUCGACGUGCGCCAGCACCCGCCCGUGCGCACGCUCACCGCCAAGCGGCUGGCCAAGCUGAGCGCCUCGGAUAGCCAAGCAGACGCCAAGGUGAUCCUGGCGCCGUUCGGGCUGGAGGGCACGCUGACGGGGCGCGAGUGGAGCGACAGCGACGCCGCCACCGCGCGCCUGCUCGACGCCUGGCGCCAGCUCUACCCGCUCGAGCAGGGCUGCGGCGCUGUCGAGGUGGUGUGCGGCGCGGCUCGCAUGCGUUACCCGGCUGCGUACGCGUUGGAGACGGAUAUGCGCGCGCCGCCCGCGCCGCCCGCGCCCGCGCACGCGCUCGCCACGCGCGCGCUACACGCGCUCACCACGCCGCGCCCGCACCAGACGGCGGAACUGUGCUACAGCACGCCGGCCGCCGAAGAUUUCGUGGAGCCGACGCGGAAAGUGCCGUGUUCCUGCGCCAAGUGGCGCCGCCGCCGCGGCCCGCGCCCCGCGCCCUUCCACCGCCGCGCGCCGCCGCCGCGCCCCGCGCCCCACCCACCGCCCGCCGAGUGA